UCUGGGACAGAUUUUUCUCUCCCGUGUGUCUUUAGAGUUGUCUCACGCUCGUUAACAUGGUAACGGGGAUCGCAUAUGUCCUCUCCGUGUCAGGAUAACCGACGGAGACGCAAGAGCCAGCGACGGUGUGACGGAACUGGCAGCUGGUGCUGGUGGCCAUGUGGUGUUUCUGAUGUAGCCUCUCGGGGUUCCUCUGACUUUUGGGCGACAACCAACCAUCCAACCUCGACACUUCUCCGUCACUUUGUUCGUCGCUCUGACCCCUUUCUCGGCAUCCCCUUUUUGGCGGCUCCCGCUGGAUCUUUCCGCUGCGGGGAUGGACAGCCACGUGGCCUACUCCCAAAUCCCCCAGGGUCCAGACCAGGUCCGGCCGAGUCCCAGAGUGUCGCAGAAGCUGCUGUUCAUGCUGGCGGGCUCGGUCCUGUGCAGCAUGGCCGUACAGGCCUAUUUCAUCGGCCGCCUCUACCGUCGAGUGGCAGCGGUUUCAGCGUCGACUUCUAACAACACACCAGGACACGAUGGACCCAGGCCCGUCCCGCCUUCAAGAUCCCUGGCACAUCUGACAGAUGGAUCGGACGCAGUUCAUGAAAACCAGAUAAUGCACUGGAGCGUGAAUAACGACACCCUUCUUCGUGACAUGGACUAUAGACACGGGAGGCUCGAGGUCCGGAACGAGGGAAAUUACUACGUUUAUUCCAAAGUUUCCUUCGCAAGCAGCGGGGCGUUUCACCACCGUGUCGUGCUCACCGCUCCUUAUUACGUAGCUGACAUCACCCUCAUGCAGUCAUCGGGUUCAAGCGGAGGGGAUCCGUCGAACAGUCACCUGGGUGGAGUGUUCCACUUCUGCCAAGGCUGUGCCAUUUUUGUGAAAGUGAGCAACACCUCGGAAAUUUUGCAGGGCCGUACCCAUAACUUCUUCGGUGCGUUCAUGGUCUAAAGACUGGAGGGGUGGAACCCCCGGGUGGAGACCAGCUGGGGACUGAGUGGAAAUUAUUGAGGUGGGGGUAGUGGGGGGGGAUGUAACAUUUGGCUUGGACCCUCCCGUUGACUUAGAAAAAAUGGAACCAUGAUUUUAAAAGAGCCCGAACUGCACAUUAGAAGUGGAACCUGGAAUUAGCAAAAACAUGGCAAACAUAACAAAUGGCUCACUCUGUUUACUAAGCAUUUGCUCCUUUUAUUAUCCUUUGUCUUGCUUCUGUUUGGGGAUUAUCGCGCUCUCAGGUUUUUGAGCUUGGGGGAUGUGGAGUAUAAUGUCGGCUGCUUUGGCUUCAGUUAGCCGUGGGGCUACCGCCCCGUGUUUUUUUUUUUGUAGCCUACAUUUGUUCACAAGCUAAAAAAUGGCACCUUUCAAAGUACGCCGAAUUGGCUCUGAUCGGUUCCUGUUCGGAGCGUACCCGUGGAUGCCCGGGGCGACCGUCACCGGAUCGACGUGAUGCUGAAGGAAACUUAAAAAACCUGAUGAUUCUCAGGCAGGUUCCGAAGUUGUAAAGAACCUUUUAUAUCUAUGAUUUCUAAGCAGGUUUAUGGAGAUUUAUUUUUGUGAUGGGCAUCGGAAAGUGUGAGUCCCACUGAAUCUAAA